AUGAGUUCACACGACACUCUUGUUGUCGCUGCAAUGGAGGCAUAUCCCUCGCCUCCAUAUCCUUUACAUGAAUCAGUUAUUGACAAACUCCAUCCACAAUAUGUCGCAUUUUACAAUCAACACCUUCUCAACGCGCAACAGGUUCACUACCAACCCGUCUGUGCUUCCCGAGUAGGAGGCAGGAUUAUUCCCGGUGGCAGCGAGGACUUGCCAGUUGGUCACGCUGAGGACAUCUCGAUACCUCGUCUCGAAACUCAAGGACCAGAUGUUCAAAUCCGAUGUUUUACUCCCGAAGGUAAGCCGCCAGCGAGUGGCUGGCCGGUGAUGGUGUACUACCAUGGUGGAGGAUGGGUUCUGGGUACCAUUGCCACAGAGAACUCAGUGUGCACGAAUAUGUGCGUGAGGGCCAAGUGUGUCGUCAUUACGACAGGUUAUAGACUAGCCCCAGAGCACCCAUACCCGGCUGCAGUCCAUGACUCGUGGGAAGCGCUUCUCUGGACAGUGACUGAAGGCGUACAGAAAUUGAAUCUAGAUCUAUCAAAGCUCGCCAUCGGAGGUUCGAGUGCCGGAGGCAACCUUGCCGCAGUGAUGACCCAGAAGGCGCUACUACUACGCCAACAACGGCCGUCCUAUCUAUCCGAGGACAUCAAGUUCCUCAAGCAGCUCCUCAUCGUUCCAGUCACAGAUAACACCGCCAACAUCGAGAACAACCCAACCUACAAAUCGUCUGAGCAUGUUCCAGCCCUGCCGGCCCUGAAAAUGCUCUGGUAUCGAAACCACUAUUUGCCGGAUCGGGCGACCUGGAACGACUCCGAAGCCUCUCCGCUACUGUUCCCAGCCGAGAAGUUUUCAGAUCUGCCGCCCGCAGUUAUCCUUGUGGGACAGCUUGACGUACUGAGGCAUGAAGGCGAAGAAUACGGCAGGAAGCUGAGAGAUGCUGGUGUUGACGCGAAAGUCGAGGUUAUGACGGGAAUGCCACAUCCGUUCUUGGCCAUGGAUGCUGUUUUGGAUGAGGGAAAGCGUGCAAUUACCAUUCUGUGCGACACUCUGGUCGAAACUUUUGCUUAG